AUGCUCAACAGCGCAGCGCGCAAGGCGCAGGGCGCCCCUGGCGCUGCGGCCGCCGUAGCCGCGGCUGGCGGGUCGUUCGGGCUGCCCGGCGGCAUGCCGCUGCCGCCGGCGCCGCCGCCGCAGCCGCAGCAGCUUCAGCAGGGCACGCGGGAGCGGCUGAGGGGCGCGCUGGCGCGGCUGGUGGCCAGUGAUGCGUUCAUCGACCUCCUGGCUUCAGAGCUCAAGGCGUCGGGCCUGCUGCACUGA